ACGGGUACGCGCUUUCCACAACAUGUAGCAAGGAGGAGGUGGCAAGGCACUAUCAUCAAUUCUGAAGUUGGUUCGGUAUGAAGGAAUAUUCCCUAUUAAAACCAACCGGAAGAAAAUGAAAUGUUUAGAAAUGGCCACACCAUAAAUGACUACCGUCUCGUGGAGUUUCAAGUCUGAGAAACUUCAUUUCAUUCUCGUUUAUUUUUCCGUUCCUUGUGACGACAGAGGACUUGUAUUAGAUUGCGUGGUUGGGCCGUAACUACGGGUUAUUAGUAUGUCUUAGAAGGGAGUUUUAUGAAAUCGCUACCGCUGAACUUCAAGACGAUGCUGCCAGUCUGUUGAGAUCCAUUUAUUAAGCCGGUUAUUACAUUGUCUAAGAAUGAUCGUGUGUGUAUUGUGGCAGUAACGUUAACCAUCGCAAGACCACCCUUGUGCAUUUUGUUGAGAAUGAUCAAAUGUAGCCAACGUGUUAUGUGAACUGUUUCAUUUACAAUAACAAUAAUGCGCGAUUGAUGUUUCAGCUCAUGAGUAAAUGCUGGUAUUGAAUUGUAGCUUAUUAUUAUUAUUAUUAUUGGGUUUAUUUCAAGAAUCGUCUUGUCUACUUGUCUAGCGGCUAAAUGGACACAGUGGCGCGAGCUAGCUGCCAUAUUACAGCCUGAUAGACACUUGGACGUUAUUGGGAAUUUUGGAUUAUUCUUUCUUUGUGGGAAUUGCUGGAAAGGCCACUCAGACUAAACUCACAGAAGAUGUCGUCGUUCUUCAAUUUUCGUAAAAUCUUCAAGUUGGGGUCUGAUAAGAAGAAGAAACAGUAUGAGCACGUACAUAGAGACGAGAACCCGGAGGAAAUCUGGGAGAUUAUUGGGGAACUGGGAGAUGGGGCCUUUGGGAAAGUAUACAAGGCCCAGAACAAGCAGACUGGGACCCUGGCUGCUGCCAAGGUGAUCGAUACCAAGACAGAGGAGGAGUUGGAGGAUUACAUGGUGGAGAUAGACAUUCUGGCCUCCUGUGAUCACCGUUACAUAGUCAAACUGCUGGAUGCCUUCUAUUAUGAAAGCAAACUGUGGAUUCUGAUUGAGUUCUGUGCGGGAGGUGCUGUCGAUGCAGUCAUGUUGGAGCUUGAGAGGCCUCUGACAGAGCCCCAGAUCCGGGUGGUGUGUAGGCAGACGUUGGAGGCCCUGGCCUACCUUCAUGAGAUCAAGGUCAUCCACAGAGACCUGAAGGCUGGGAACAUCCUUUUCUCACAGGAGGGAGACAUCAAAUUGGCUGACUUUGGCGUGUCUGCUAAGAAUACCAUGACGCUGCAGAGAAGAGAUUCUUUCAUUGGCACUCCAUAUUGGAUGGCUCCAGAGGUGGUGAUGUGUGAGACGUCUAAGGACCGUCCGUACGACUACAAGGCUGACAUCUGGUCCCUGGGGGUCACCCUGAUUGAGCUGGCACAGAUAGAACCUCCUAACCACGAGAUGAACCCCAUGAGAGUCCUGCUGAGAAUAGCCAAGGCCGAUCCGCCCACACUCAUGCAGCCUUCACGCUGGUCACCAGAGUUCAAUGACUUUCUGAGGAAGGCACUGGAUAAGAAUGUGGACCGUAGGUGGUGCACAGCCCAGCUCUUGCAGCAUCCCUUUGUUAGCAGUGUAGUUGACAACAAACCGCUGAGAGAACUGAUUGCUGAGGCCAAUGCUGAUGUCUUAGAGGAGAUAGAAGAAGGCAAAGAGGAAGAUGAAGAAGAAGAGACGGAUGCAACUCUGGUGGUGCCCGGACAUAAGCGAGCGCCAUCAGACACCAGCAUGGCCAGCUCUGAGGAUGAGAAGCUCUCCGAGACCACCUCUACACUGGACUCAGUCACAGAGAAGACAGAGCCUGAGACUGCAGAGGACAAGGCCAGUGAUAAGCUGUCUGACGAGGGCCUUGGGACCAGCGUGGGCGACAGGGCAGAGGGUGAGAAACUGAACGAGGUGUCUGAUGCCAGUAAUGAGGACUUAGUCAAUGGACAGGUGAAGCCCAUGGAGCCCAAACCAGAGGAAAGCCCUGCUGGAAAGCCUGAAGACAUUCCUGACCGUCAGAUCACCAUUGUGCCAGAAGCACCAUCAGACACGCAGGAGAGUGUGAUUGUGAGUGAGGAGACAGGGGAAGAGGAGAAAGUAGAGGAUGGACCUCCACAAGUAUUCAUGAAGGAAAGAGUAGAAGUAGAGGAGGAGGUGGAGAAGGAACCAAUCAAAGAGGAGCCAGAGGUGAUUCUCCAGCCUCCCACCAAAUUCACAGAUCCAGGGGACCAGCCUAGGAGUGCUUUAGAGGAGCCUGGCGCCGUAUCGACAGAGGUCAAUGCUAAACCAGAGGAGACUGAGAAGGAGACGCUCAUUGAGGAGAUGACAGAGGAGGUUAAACCAGAGGCUGAUGGGGUCACAGACAUAAACACAGACACCGACUUGAAUGAAGACACAGACGCAGACAACACAGAAUCGGACAUCAACACAGACGCAGAGGUAGACACAGCUGAGGGCUCCACAGAGGUCUCUGCAGACACAGAAGCCCAAAGAGACAAUAAUGUAAUACCGGUGGUGAUUCUUGAGGAGGGGACAACAGACGAGAGCGAGGAGAAGCCACCAGCUGAGGAAGCUCCAUCCCAGGAUGCUGUUUCGGAGUCAAAGACCGACCAGGAAAGCACUCCUGUUAAGUUGAAGCCGGAUGUGGAGAAGGAUUCUGACUCUGGGAGCAGCUCUGCAGCCGAUAGCAACAGCAUGGACCUCAACCUGUCCAUCUCCAGUUUCCUGUCCAAAAAGGCUGAGGCGGGAUCUGUGUCCUUACAGGACACGAGACGGCAGAAGAAGACUCUGAAGAAGACCCGUAAGUUCAUGGUAGACGGAGUGGAGGUCAGUGUGACCACGUCAAAGAUAGUCACCGAUAACGACACCAAGAACGAGGAGAUGAGAUUCCUGAGGCGCCAGGAGCUGAGAGAGCUGCGUCUGCUGCAGAAGGAGGAGCAUAGAGCCCAGCAGGCGCUCAGCGACAAGCUGCAGCAGCAGAGAGAACAGAUGUACCGCCGCUUUGAGCAGGAGAUGACUGGUAAGAAGCGUCAGUACGACCAGGAUAUGGAGAAUCUGGAGAAGAAACAGAAGCAGACCAUCGAGCGGCUGGAGCAGGACCAUACCAACCGGCUGAGGGACGAGGCAAAACGCAUCAAGGCCGAGCAGGACAAGGAGCUCUCCAAGUUCCAGAACAUGCUCAAGAACCGCAAGAAGGAGGUGAAACAGGAAGUUGAACAGUCACCCAAAUUCAUGAGGAGAGAGCUCAUGAAACUCUUAAAGGAAGAUCUAUCUCUCAUUCAGACUGCAAAGGAGCAGGAGUUUCUGCAGAAGCAGCAGCAGGAGUUGGAUGGAGCCCUGAAGAAGAUCAUCCAACAGCACAAACAUGAGAUUGCCACCAUCGAGAGAGACUGCCUCAACCACAAACAACAGCUUAUGAGAGCUCGAGAGGCAGCCAUGUGGGAGCUGGAAGAGCGCCACCUGCAGGAGAAGCACCAGCUGCUCAAGCAGCAGCUCAAAGACCAGUACUUCAUGCAGAGACACCAGCUGCUCAAGAGACACGAGAAGGAAAUGGAGCAGAUGCAGCGCUACAACCAGCGUCUGAUUGAGGAGAUGAAGAACAGACAGGCCCAGGAGAGAGGUCGUCUGCCGAAGAUCCAGCGGGGUGAUGCCAAGACACGCAUGGCCAUGUUCAAGAAGAGCCUCCGCAUCACCUCUGCACCUGGCACCCCAGAGCAGGAAAGGGAGAAGAUCAAACAGUUUGCAGCCCAGGAGGAGAAGAGGCAGAAGAACGAGAGACUCCAUCAACAUCAGAAACAUGAGAACCAGAUGAGAGACCUGCAGCUGCAGUGUGACUCCAACAUCAGAGAGCUGCAGCAGCUUCAGAAUGAGAAGUGCCAUCUCCUGAUUGAACACGAGACUCAGAAGCUGAAGGAGCUCGAUGAAGAGCACAGCCAGGAGCUGCAGGAGUGGAGGGAGAAACUACGGCCCAGGAAGAAGGCCUUGGAGGAGGAAUUCACACGCAAGCUCCAGGAGCAGGAGGUCUUUUUCAAGAUGAGCGGGGAGUCGGAAUGCCUUAACCCCACAACCCAGAGCCGAGUGUCCAAGUUCUACCCCAUCCCUAGUGUGCACAACUCUGGUUUAUAGCCCUCCUCAGCACAGGAACAUACUGGCUGGGCUCAUAGACUCUGUCCCCAUGGUGGUGGGGAGGACCUCAGCCCUGUUGUUAUCUGGAAACUAGCGUUGAUCUAUUGUGGAUCUUAAGCUAGUGUGAUGUCUUCACACAAGCAUGCACAUAUACUAAUGUUCAAAAGUUUGGGGUCAUUUAGAAAUGUCCUUGUUUUGUAAAGAAAAGCAACAAAAAAAAUCCAUUAAAAUAACAUCAAAUUGAUCAGAAAUACAGUGUAGACAUGAAUGUUGUAAAUUACUUUUGUAGCUGGAAACGGCAGAUUUGUUUUGUAAUGGAAUAUCUACAUAGUCAUACAGAGGCCAAUUAUCAGCAACCAUCACUCCUGUGUUCCAAUGGCACAUUGUGUUAGCUAAUCCAAGUUUAUCAUUUUAAAAGAGUAAUUGAUAAUAAUGUUAGCACAGCUUAAAACUGUUGUACUGAUUAAAGAAGAAAUAAAGCUGGCCUUCUUUAGACUAGUUGAGUAUCUUCAGCAUCAGCAUUUGUGGGUUCGAUUACAUGUUCAAAAUGGUCAACUAGUCUAAAGAAGGCCAGUUUUAUUGCUUCUUUAAUCAGUACAACAGUUUUCAGCUGUGCUAACAUAAUUGCAAAAGGGUUUUCUAAUAAUCAAUUAGCCUUUAAAAAUGAUAAACUUGGAUUAGCUAACACAACCUGCCAUUGGAACACAGGAGUGAUGGUUGCUGAUAAUGGGCCUCUGUACGCCUAUGUAGAUAUUACAUAAAGAACCUGCCGUUUCCAGCUAUAAUAGUCAUUUACAACAUUAACAAUGUCUACACUGUAUUUCUGAUCAAUUUGAUGUUAUUUUAUAGGACAGAAAAUGUGCUUUUCUUUCGAAAUCAUGGACAUUUCUAAGUGACCACAAACUUUUGAACAGUAGUGUACAUAUGCAAGAGCACACACUUAUGUCUACACACACACACACACACACACACACACACACACACACACACACAGCAGUGUCAGCUGUCAUAUGGAGGGAUGCAAUCGCAACACUUUCCUUUUCAAGCCUUUAUUUUCCCUUCUUCCCCCUUACGAUUUCACCCUUCUCAGCUCCAAGGAAAAUGUUGUCAAAAGUGACAUUUUCACUUUUCUGAGCAUGGUUAUGUUUUACCACUUUUAAAAUAGCUCAGGCAAAUUUCAAACCAAUUGCAAGUACCAGGUUUAUAAAGAACCCAGUGCCUAAAUGAAUUGACAUAGUGAUCCUGCUUUUCUCCAGACUUGCUCUCUUACCUGCUGCCCAAGUGCUCCCCUGAGGCCUUUUGCACUAAAAUGGCUGGAAAUUUGUACAAACCACGAAAUAUCAUCAAACCUUUAUUUUUUAGUGAUCCAUAUAAGCUGGUGCUUGAGUUAAUUCUAAGGUCAUUGAUAUCUGUUAACAAAUACAUGUAAUUUUUUGGUAAAUCGUGAAGUGCUCAUUCACGUGAUGUACUAUGUAUGGAGUUGUGAUUUAUUUUAGAUACUGUGCUGUUGAAUCAAUCAAAUCAAACUGUCCUGUAUAUUAGAACAAAUGUUCCCACUUUCUCCAUAUUGUAAUCACUAGAUAGUUUUUGUUAGACUUCUGGGUUGUCGUCAUGUCAGUCACCUUUCCUGUUAAAAAUCGACACAGCUUAUUGUCUUUUGGGUAUACUUUGAACACAUUAUUUUGGAUGUGGCAGACAUACAUAUUAUUACGCUGAAAGGAAUGUAAGCCGCUGAUCAUAAUUUUGCACUGUUUUAUGUGAACUGAGAAUAUGCAGUAAUGGACUGUUAUGUAUGUACAAUGAGCUCCAAAAGUAUUGGGACAGUGACCCCAAAACAUUUUGGGCUCUGUACUCCAGCACAUUUUAAAUGAUACUUUAACCUCAUAGUGGUUGUAUCGUUUCAAAUACAGAGUACAGAGCCUAAACAACAAAAAAUGUGUCGCUGUCCCAAUACUUUUGGAGCUCACUGUGUCUUACAGUCAGUAAAAAAAUUAGGGUCUACUUGGACUAGUUCUAUUUUCAAAUGACUUUUUGCCGCCUCUACCCAAAUCUAUUUUAUUUUUAAAUGAACUGAAUCAUUCAAAGCAGUGGCGCCUUGCAUUUUGUUCUGUAUUUAUACUUUUAUUUUCAAUUUGAAAUAUGUCCUUACUAUUUUACUGGGUUGGGGUCAAUUCUAAUUUAAUUUGAAAUUCCAAUAAAUUGUUUGAAUUCACUCAUGAAGUGGAGAAUUUAAUUAAAUUCUAAUAUUUUUAAAGUCUUCAAGCUAUGGAAUUAGACUGUUUGGACUUUUUGAAUUGGAAUUGUAAAAACAUGUAAUCUUUGGAAUUAAAUGUGUACAUUUCCCAGUUAAUAAAAUUAAUGCACAUAGUAUCAAACAUUGACUGUAUGAUUUGUUUUUAAUCAUUUCAACGUGUAUUUCUAUAUUUCCAGCAUAGCUAGGCUGUCUGAACAGUGAUAUGGUAAGCCUGAGGGAACUGAAUUAGAAUUGGAAUUUGUUGAAUUGUCGCGAUAAUAUUGAGUUGAAUGGAUUUAUCUCUGAAAUUAAAGAUUGAUCUGGAACUUGAAUUUAAUUAAAUGGAUUUUACAGGGAGAGAGAUUUGAAUUGAAAUCCUGGAAUUGACCUCAACCCUGCUAUUUUAUGAUUACCAGUUUUCUAAAUAUGUAUACAUGUUGUAUCAAUGUACAUCUCAAUAUAGUCUUUGGACAUCGUUUUUGGAUGGACAAUAUGAUAUCUGUAAAUGGAAGUCAUUAUACUGUCCUAAUUAGUUGAUUCAAAUAAGAAUGUAUGUACUGUAUGUAUUUAUAAUAUGGACAAAGUACUGCUGACCCCUUCAAGUGUUAAGUCCCCUUGACAUGAUGGCAAGUGCUCUAUAACAAACAUAUUCUUAUAGCAUGUCAUGGUUUGUGUAUGACAUCAUAAUAAAACAUAGAUGGCAUGCAAAGGGUGAAUGCUGUUAUUUUAUCACAAUGACAUCACGUCUUGAAUUCUGGAUUUGUAUUGGGAUUGUGGGUAAUAUUACCCAUAAUGCACAUUAGGUUCAGGCCAUAGAGCUAGAUGGGGGUUUCAUCUUUGUAUCUGGACCAUUAUAGCAUCUGUGACAGCAUGGGCAGCGCCAUUGAGGCAAUCUCCAUUUUGAAGUAGUCAAUUUUCUUCUUCACGAUUGGCUGAUCCCUCCUGAUGACCCGGGUUAGACAUGACUCGAACAAGGUCACCAGGAGGGUUCAGCCACCCAGUUGACUACAUUAAAAUGGUGGAAGCCCUCAAUGGCGCUGCACAUAAUAGAGCAUUUUGACCACUAGAGGCCUCUGUAAUUCUCUCUCUCUCUCUCUCUCUCUCUCUCUCUAUAUAUAUAUAUAUAUAUAUUAUUUUUUCACCUUUAUUUAACCAAGUAGGCAAGUUGAGAACAAGUUCUCAUUUACAAUUGCGACCUGGCCAAGAUAAAUCAAAGCAGUAUGGUUCAGGCAUUAUCAUAUUUCUAUUUUCUUUGUUUUACAAGCAGUUACUUUUUCAAAUACCUACAGGCACAAAAGUAUUGCAAGUAAUUGGAUAUUGAAAAUCAACAGGGGUUGAUUUAAUAUAUAGCCCGUCAUGAGCCUAUUGUUGUUGCAUUUAGAUAUAAUGUGGGACAUCUUAUCAUCCUGAAUAAACAUAUGCAUUUUUGAGGUCAGGUAAACUGUAUUUAAGAUGUUUGUUAAUGGACAUUUGUGCUGUAAAUAAAACAAUAAUUAUGUUAAA